AUGUUUUUUAAGCUAAGAGUUGUAAUUUUGAUUUUCAACUCAUAUCUGCAUAUCGCUUUGAGUGCCGUUUCAUCGGAAGUUUCAGAUCCGAAAUUCUCAGCACCAAUAACAAACGUGACAGCGGCAGUCGGUCGAGAAGCAGUAUUAACGUGCCAAGUGCUAGAUCUAGGUUCAUAUAAAGUUGCAUGGUUGCGUGUUGAUACACAGACCAUAUUAACAAUACAAAAUAAUGUCAUCACAAAGAAUCAUCGUGUUGGAAUUAGCUUUACAGAGAAAAAGACAUGGCAGUUGAGACUGAAGGAUGUGAGGGAGUCGGAUAAAGGAUGGUAUGUAUUACAGAUCAAUACUGACCCGAUGAAAAGUCAAAUGGGCUAUCUUGAUGUCGUAGUGCCACCUGACAUUCUCGACUUUCCAACAAGCACCGAUAUGAUUGUACGCGAAGGAAGUAAUGUCACAUUAAAAUGUGCAGCCAUUGGCUCCCCGGCACCUAUUAUCACGUGGAGGCGAGAGCAUGGUGAAAAAAUUAUGCUAGCCAACGAUAGUGAAGUGCUUACAGUAGAAGGCGCAACACUGAACAUUCCCCGAGUUAAUCGUCUGCAUAUGGGAUCAUAUUUGUGCAUUGCAUCUAAUGGCGUUCCACCCUCGGUGUCUAAAAGGAUCACACUCAUUGUACAUUUUCCACCGAUGAUAUCUGUUGCUAAUCAACUAGUGGGAGCCUAUGAAGGACAAAAAGUCACACUCGAGUGCCAUUCGGAAGCGUAUCCGAAAUCUAUCAAUUAUUUUAUGAGGGAGAAAGGAGAAAUAGUGCCGCAAGGUGGAAAAUUUGAGACAUCAAUCAAGGACAAUGCGUACAAGGUGCACAUGAACUUAACGAUAAAGUCAGUAAGUCAGAGUGAUUUUGGCAGUUAUAUGUGUGUCGCGAAGAAUUCACUUGGUGAAACUGACGGAACUAUUAAACUUUACAAACUUCCACAUGAUGAUGGCAAUUACAAUAAUUGGUUGGAAGGAAGACGAAGAAAAGGUAAGAAAGCCAAACACAAAAAAUUCAAUAGUCAGAUAGAGUCGAACAACAUUGAAGACGAUCCGGAAGGAUCAAAUAAACGGAAAGAGCUGAUGAUCGGAAAUCCCGAUGACACUUACGACUAUUCAUGUUCGAUGUCUGUUGCUUGUCAUUAUCAAGUCAUCCUUACAUCAAUAUCGAUUGCUUCUCUUGUAAUGUAUUUGCUCAACUGA